UUGACAUGUUUUUCACAUGACAUUUCUGAUAAAAAUAAUUCAGUAGGUUAUGAAAGACUGUUUUUGAAAUAAAUCUUAUCGAAAAUACUACCUAUGUGUUAACAUUUAUAUAUAGCCAUGCCUAUAACAGAGUACGUAGCGUCGUUAUCUCAAAAUCCGUAUUUUGGUGCUGGUUUUGGCUUAUUCAGCGUAGGAGCCGCAGCUGCUGUUCUUCGAAAAGGGUUACAGGCAUCAGUUGUAUUAUUCAGGAGGCAAUGCAUGAUAACCCUGGAAGUGCCAUGUCGGGACAAAUCUUAUCAAUGGUUAUUACAAUGGAUCACACAAAAAGGUGCAAAGCACACGCAACAUUUAAGUGUUGAAACAUCUUUUCUACAAAAAGAUACAGGACAGAUUAAAACUAAAUACGAAUUUAUACCAAGUGUUGGUCAACAUUUCUUCAGGUAUGGUGGAACGUGGAUAAGAGUAGAUAGGACCCGGGAACAACAAACAAUAGAUUUACACAUGGGUAUACCAUUUGAAACUGUUACAUUAACUGCAUUUGGACGUGACAAGCAAGUCUAUUAUAAUAUACUUGAGGAAGCAAGAACAAUGGCAUUAAAACAACAUGAAGGCAUGACAGUUAUGUAUACUGCAUUGGGUUCAGAAUGGCGUCCCUUUGGUCAUCCCCGUCGCAGGAGACCACUCAGUAGUGUGAUACUUCGUGCAGGACUUGGUGAAAAGAUAUUGACAGAUUGCUUAGAUUUCAUUGACAAUCCACAAUGGUAUACAGAACGAGGAAUCCCAUACAGAAGAGGUUACCUCCUUUACGGUCCUCCUGGAUGUGGAAAAUCUUCAUUCAUCAUGGCAUUAGCUGGUGAAUUAGAAUACAAUAUAUGUGUUCUCAACUUAUCAGAAAGAGGACUAACAGAUGACAGGCUAAACCAUCUACUUAGUGUUGCGCCUCAACAAUCAAUCAUAUUAUUGGAAGAUAUUGAUGCUGCAUUUGUGUCACGAGAAGACACGCCUUCACAAAAAGCGGCAUACGAAGGGCUGAACCGUGUAACAUUCAGCGGCCUCCUCAACUGCCUAGACGGUGUAGCAUCCACAGAAGCGCGAAUUGUUUUUAUGACCACAAACUAUCUUGAAAGAUUGGACCCAGCUCUUGUUAGACCGGGUAGAGUUGACUUGAAGGAAUACGUCGGUUACUGCGAUCAAGAGCAAGUUGAACUUAUGUUUUUGAGGUUUUAUAAAGACGCUGUAGCAGCCAAAACUUUUGCAGAAGAUGUCCUUUCAAGAAAGAAACCAGUCAGUCCUGCUCAAAUUCAAGGAUAUUUUAUGUUUCAUAAGCACUCGAGUCCUAAGGAAGUACUGGCUGAUGUUAGUUCUAUUUGGACACUUGGAUAACUGUGAUAAAAAAACUCAUUCAAUAAAAAAAUAAGUAAUUAUUUAUUUCUAUAAAUAUAUGGUCCCUUGAUAAGAUACUUUCGUAGUCAGUUCAUUAGGUCUUAAAUAAUAAUUAUAAUAAAUGAAUUGUUGACAAACAUUAUGUAUCAAUUGUUUUCCCAUAAUUUUAAUAUAUUAUUUAGUAUUUCAAUGAAGGUGGUACACUUAAAAUGUAUUCUAAAAUUGAUUGACAGCAUAUUAGCCUCAACUUAAGUUAGAAUCUGUCACCACCUUACUGUACCAGUUUACUUAAUAUAAAGUCAACAAUAAGAGGUACAUUUUCGUGUGAAAAGAUUCAAGGAUAAUUAAAAUAUCACAGUAUUUUUUAUGUAAUAUAUUUAUAAAAAUUUUACAAAUUAAUUGUUUUGAUAGCAAACAUAUAGGCACAAUUCUAGAGUUAUCACAAUAAUGAGUUUAAAUUUGCCGGUAUCACUCUCCGACCUUUAAUAGUGUUAUCAAAUGUACAUAAUUUUAUCCACAUAACAAAAAUUCAAUUUAUUUAAUAUUGUUUUGCAUUAAAUUAGGAAAAAUGAUGAUGCAAAUGGAGUAUGUCUAGCUGAUGAUUAA